AUGGGUGAGAUCAAGGAAAAGCUGGGUACGGGUGCGAAAGAGGAUUUGCAGUUGGCCUACGACAAGAUUUGCGAAGUAAGCAAGACAAUGGAAACGGCAGCGAACGAAGUGAAAGACGCCACGUUGGAAGACGAGAAGACCUUUGAACAGGUGAGAGCCUGGUCGGAAGCCAGUAAGGACGAUUUAAUCCCUAUUCGUGAAUUAAGAAGUAGCUUGAAACAAGAGUUAGUGGAAUUGGAAAGACAAGAGACAAACAAACGCGAGGAAGAUUGGUUGAAAAAGAAACUUGAGCUGGAAAUUAUGUUAGAGGAAAAACGAGCCGAACAUGAAAACUCCAAGCCUCAGGCCGUUAAAUUACAGGAAUACACCAUCCCACCUUUCAGAGGGGACUGUAAGAAUUGGUUCAGAUUUUGGAAUCAGCUCGUCGUGGAAGUCGAUAGUUCGAAGAUUUCGGAGAUUAGUAAAUUUAACUAUUUGUUAGAGUUGGUGCAGGGGGAACCCAAGAAUUGCAUACUUGGCCUACCACACACUAUAGAGGGAUAUCUUGAAGCAAAGAAGACUUUCGAGAUGACCUUUGGAAAGGACGUUAAGGUACACAAGGCUUUAAUUAAGGAUUUGGAGUCUUUGCCAAACAUCACAAGUGUCAGCAGAAUCAAAGACAUUCAUGACUUUUAUGGCCAGCUGUCUAGAACCGUAAGAACACUUGCCACCAUGAAGAAACUACAGGGUGCACAAAGCUAUGUUUACAACAUUAUGGAUAAAUUGGGGCCUGUAAGAGAGGCAAUGGUGCAAAAGGAUGACAAAUGGGAGGAAUGGGGGUUGGAGGAGCUGGUGGAAAAUCUGCGGAAAUACACAGACAGAAAUCCCCUAUCAGAGUCACUCACCCCUUCCAAUGAAGUCAAGAAACCACUGACAAAUCAAGGAAGUCACUAG